AUGGAGCAUUUGUCAAGAGAAGAUCGUCUAAAACUGAAAUAUCCAGAUUAUUGGGAUCGAGAUCCUAGCGUCUGGGGAGACAUAAACGAUUGGGAUUCUUACUGGGUUAUGCAACCACAACUCGUGGCAGUUAAUAAAUGCAACUCCCACUCAUCUUUAUCAGAAGAGUUGAUUAACCUAAAGAAUAUAUUCGAUACCAUGAGUCCAGCUUAUAAGAAAGUCUGUGACCUACAGAAAGGAUUAAAGGAAAGUAACUAUAUACAGAAAGAUGACAUUCAGAAUGUCAAGAUUUGGGAGAAUGCAGAUCAACUUGUUUCAUUAAAGAUAGAUUCUAAUAUAAUUGACUUGAAAUUGGAAAUUGAUAAGGCAAAAAAUAACAACAUUCAAGCCACUUCUGUAUCGUGGGUGCCAGAAAGUCAAAACUAUCAUGAAGUGCAAAAAAGAUCCAACUGUAAUGAACUAUUAGAUGAUAACAAUGAUAUUAUAACCAAUGGUAUGGAUAAUUGUUUACAAAAGGCAGUGGAGUCUAUGGUUGGAAAAGUGGAAAGUGACAGAUUGAAAGUAGAUGAUGUUGAUUUGGAAGAAACUUUUGAAAAAUACCGUGAUGAAUGUGCAAAUGAAUUUGACGACAUUAUGGAUUUGAGACCCACUUCACGAUUGGCAAAGAUUAUUCCUGAACCAAAAGAUACUCUAACCGAAUGGGAGAAAGCCUGGUGUGGAAUUUUCAACACAAGAAAAAAUAUUGAAGAUCUGGUGAUAAAAGAUACAUUACAUAAUAUACUCUCCCCAUAUAUCGAAGCUUUUAAAGCACCGUUUAACAUACUGAAAUCUGGUGACUUGGAGGAAAAACAAUAUAACUCACAAUUUAUAAAUCCCAUUUUAAAAAAUACACUCAAGGCUAUUUGUGACUUGGAUUGGAGAAUCCUCGAGGUUCCAAUCAGCAGUAGCAAAUAUAGACGUAACUUUAAUAUCAACCCAUUUAUUGAUAAAAUUUUGAGCGCAAAGCGUGCAGAUGGCUUGGCUCGCCUGUGGCAAAGCCAGGAAGAAAUAUUUGUGUAUGAACAGACAGGAUCGCCAGAUGUUGAUGAUAUUACUGAUUUUUACAUCCACGAUUAUAGGUUGGUUCGAACUAUGCGCGAUGUGCUGAAUCAACGAAUAAUUCUUCGGCUAAACAAUGGUAUAAAAGAUUACAAUAACUUGGCGAGUUUUGGGGCUUUUGGUCAUCGUGAUGAAAGACAUGCUUCUUUGAAAAUGUCAACUCUUUUUGAAGUAUCAGCUCUAUUAAUUUCUAAUGGAGAUGAUCAUAGUUGGAAGAGCCAACACUGA